ACCUUAAUGCGAUACAUGCCUGUAAGACAAUAUUCAGGGCACAAAUGUGACGCUUAAACUAAUGGGAGGUAUGACAUUGCGGAAGGCUAUUCCUGUCUGCUUACCACGCCUCUUCACAAUAACGUGGAAGUCAGGAAAUGCCUGUGUUAAUAUCAGGAACGGAGUGAUCGGGCAGCUCAGAGCCGAUCCGGGGAAGUGGACGGAGCCAAAGCUGAGAUGGCUCAGGCGAAUAUCUCGGUGACGGAGAGCCAGUUCAGGUGUCCCAUCUGCCUGGACAUCUUGAAGGACCCAGUGUCUAUCCCCUGCGGACACACCUACUGCAUGGCAUGCAUCAACAGCUACUGGGACCGGGUGGACUCGGGUCAGUUCAGCUGCCCUCAGUGCCGGGACACGUUCAGCCCUCGGCCGGUGCUGCGGAGGAACACGGUGCUCGCCGAGGUUCUCGGCAAACUCAAGCUGAAUGAGAUUGACACAGCGCCGGAGGUCUACCUGGGGGGAGUGGGGGAAGUUCCCUGCGACUUCUGCACGGCGGAGAGUAAACUGAGGGCGGACAAGUCGUGCCUGGUGUGCCUUGCGUCUUUCUGCAAGCUCCACGUCCUGCCGCACCGUGAGGUCGGUACUUUGCGACGCCACAAGUUGGUGCCAGCGGUGGAAUGUGUGGCGGAGAAGCUGUGCGCUCAGCACCGCCUGGGGCUGGAGCCCGAGGGGAGCGGCUCCGAGGCGGGGGGCGCGGUGGAGUGGAGCGGGUACUGCCUGCUGUGCCAGGCUGACCAGGAGGAAGCGCGCAGUGUGGAAGCGCAGAGAGCCAGGAGACAGCUCCAGCUCCAGGAGUCUCAGAGGAUGGUCCAGGGGAGGAUACGGACUGGAGAGACAGAGCUGCAGGAGUUUCAGCAAACCUUGGAGUCUCUCAAGGUGUCGGCAUCUGCUGUUCUGGAGGAUAGUGAGGCUCUGUUUGCUGAUAUGGCACUAUGCCUGGAGAAAACUAAGGCGGAGGCCCGAGCGAGGCUGGAAGCGAAAGAGCGCGCAAUCGUGGCGAGAGCUGAAAGUGACAUAGAGCUGCUGGAGAAGGACCUGGAGGAGCUGAGGAGGCGAGACGAGGAGAUCAGCCAGCUGCUGCAGUCUGAGGAUAAUGCUCAUUUCUUACAGGCCACUCAGCUGCUCUGCAUGCCUUUCGCCACUGGUCGGCACUCCGGCACCCUCACCCUGCCCACGGAGGCCUUCAGUGGUGCCAGGAGAGCACUGUGCCACCUCCGUAGCCACAUAGAGGAGGUCUGCAGGGAGGAGGUCGACAAGAUCACCCCCGCAGUUAAUGAUAACUACAAAUCUGGUGGAGAGCAUGUAAAAAGUGGCCGAAUUCACAGUGCGGUGAACUCCAAACCUCAGCAAAUGCAACUGUCUACAGGGCAACAUGCAACCAGGGCGCCAGUGUCGUUCCCACUGUCCUCUCUGUGUCUGCAGGUGCCUGAUCAGAGGAUGAGGGCAGCUUUCCUCAGGUUUUCGUGCCAUCUGACCUUUGACCCCGACACAGCUCAUCCUACCUUGGUUCUCCUGGAGGGGCCCCAGGGUGCGCAUUGUGGCGAGGAGCCACAGCCCUACCAGCCUCAUCCACAGCGCUUUGACUCAGUGGCACAAGUCCUGUGCAGGGAGGGCCAGUUUGGUGGUGCCAGCUACUGGGAGGUGGAGUGGAGAGGCGGUGGGUGGAUCGACAUAGGCGUCACCUACCGAGGGAUCGGACGCAAAGGUGGCGGGAAGCCCUGCCUGCUUGGGCGCAAUGAACACUCUUGGCGGCUGAGGUGUAGUCAUGCUGGAUAUGCCGCAUGGCACGAUAACCGCAAGACCACAGUCGCUGCACCGCCCUCCCCCAGGAUCGGCGUGUUUCUGGAGCGCCAGAAAGGAGAUUUGUCUUUUUACAGCAUCUCGGACUCCAUGGUGCUCCUGCACACUUUCCAUUGUUCGUUUUCUCAGCCGCUAUACCCCGCCUUCCGUUUGGAUCUGGACUCAACUCUUCUCAUCUGCCCUCAUGAGGGAAGCUAACUACGCCCCCAUGUUUUUCCAGGACGUGUCAUUUAUCUUCUGAAAGAAAGGGCUGUUCACUCUGCUAAUCGAUAUAAUCAAUAUAAUGAGUGAGUGGUGGGGAAACGGUACUUUUCUUUGUAAUUCUCUUUGACUGUAAUAUUCUCUUUUAUAACUGCCAGGUUGAGCUGCAGAAUUGCAUAAUUUUUUAACAGCAUGCAUGUUUUUUACAGUGUACUUUAUGACGGGUCUUUAUUACAUAAAAGCCCAUGUGUCAUCAUUUAAA